UGCUCUCCCAGAGGCAUGAGGAUGAUGCUAGUAACAGUGCUCAUGGUAAAGCAGAUCAUGGAAGAGGCUGUCACACGCAAGUUUGUCCAUGAAGACAGCAGCCACAUCAUCUCCUUCUGUGCGGCAGUGGAAGCCUGUAUCCUGCAUGGGCUGCGUCGGCGGGCAGCUGGCUUUCUGCGCAGCAAUAAGAUCGCAGCUCUCUUCAUGAAGGUAGGGAAGAGCUUUCCACCGGCUGAGGAGCUGAGCCACAAGGUCCAGGACCUGGAACAGCUGAUUGAGAACACGAGGAACCAGAUCCAGGGCCUCCAGGAGAACAUGCGGAAGCUUCCAAAGCUGCCCAGCCUGUCCCCACUCGCCAUCAAGCAUCUGUGGAUCCGCACAGCCUUGUUUGAGAAGGUCCUGGACAAAAUUGUGCAUUACCUGGUGGAAAACAGCAGUAAAUACUAUGAGAAGGAAGCACUCCUGAUGGACCCUGUGGAUGGCCCGAUUCUCGCUUCUCUCCUGGUGGGGCCCUGUGCCCUGGAGUACACCAAGAUGAAGACUGCAGACCACUUCUGGACUGACCCUUCGGCUGACGAGCUGGUCCAGAGGCACCGCAUCCACAGCUCGCACUUGCGGCAAGACUCACCCACCAAGCGUCCGGCCCUCUGUAUCCAGAAGAGGCAUUCAAGUGGCAGCAUGGAUGACCGGCCGUCCCUCUCUGCGCGCGACUAUGUGGAGUCCCUGCACCAGAACUCUCGAGCCACCCUGCUCUAUGGCAAGAACAAUGUUCUGGUUCAGCCGAGGGAUGACAUGGAGGCUGUGCCAGGGUACCUGUCCCUGCACCAGACAGCUGACAUUAUGACCCUGAAAUGGACACCCAACCAGCUGAUGAACGGCUCUGUGGGGGACCUGGACUAUGAGAAAAGCGUCUACUGGGACUAUGCCAUGACCAUCCGCCUGGAGGAGAUUGUCUACCUGCACUGCCACCAGCAAGUGGACAGUGGUGGGACAGUGGUGCUAGUCAGCCAGGAUGGCAUCCAGAGGCCACCCUUCCGCUUCCCUAAGGGCGGUCACCUCCUCCAGUUCCUCUCAUGCCUGGAGAAUGGGCUGCUUCCCCAUGGUCAGCUCGACCCACCACUCUGGUCCCAACGGGGCAAGGGCAAGGUGUUUCCCAAACUGCGGAAGCGAAGCCCCCAGGGUUCUUCUGAAUCCACAUCUUCAGACAAGGAGGAUGAUGAGGCCACAGAUUAUGUGUUCCGGAUCAUCUAUCCCGGCAUGCAGUCUGAGUUUGUUGCCUCCAACCACUCAGGCAACGAUUGCUCCAUCUCUGUGGGCCCUGCCUGGAUGAUGGUUCCUGCUGGCCAGUCUAUGCUGGUGGUAGCCAGGAGGAUUCGGUGGGCACAAGCCAGAUGGGACACCGCCCUUCCCACACUGGGCCCAAAGGAACAGCCCCUCAUCCCCCAGGAUCUGAUGGAUGGCUCCGUGAGCAACCUCCCCUCCCUGUGGCAGCCCAGUCCCCGGAAAUCCUCCUGCUCUUCCUGUUCACAGACUGGCUCAGCGGAUGGUAGCUCAAACAGUGGCUGCAACCACGAAAGGGCUCCUCUGAAACUGCUCUGUGACAAUAUGAAGUACCAGAUCCUCUCCAGAGCCUUCUAUGGAUGGCUUGCCCACUGCAGACACCUGUCCACUGUGAGGACCCACCUGUCGGCCCUCGUCAACCACGUGAUUGUAUCUCCAGACACGCCCUGUGACGCUGGGCAGGGGCUGACGGCUGGAAUCUGGGAGCAGUACCUUCAGGACAGCACUAGUUACGAGGAGCAGGAGCUGCUGCGCCUAAUCUAUUAUGGAGGGAUCCAGCCGGAGAUCCGCAAGGCUGUGUGGCCCUUCCUCCUUGGCCAUUACCAGUUCGGAAUGACGGAGACAGACAGGAAGGAGGUAGAUGAGCAGAUUCACGCCUGCUACGCACAGACCAUGGCUGAGUGGCUGGGCUGCGAGGCAAUCGUGCGGCAGAGGGAACGGGAGUCACAUGCAGCUGCCCUGGCCAAAUGCUCAUCGGGGGCCAGCCUGGACAGCCAUCUGCACCGGAUGAUGCACCGGGACUCCACCAUCAGUAACGAGUCUUCCCAGAGCUGCAGUUCCGGCCGCCAGAACCUCCGCCUGCAGAGUGACUCCAGCAGCAGCACACAGGUGUUUGAGUCCGUGGAUGAGGUUGAGCAAGCAGAAGGAGAAGGCAGGUUGGAGGAGAAACAGCCCAAGAUCCCUAAUGGGAACCUGGCAGAUGGCACUUGCUCCCCAGAUUCUGGUCAUCCUUCUUCCCACAACUUCUCCUCUGGCCUCUCAGAGCACUCGGAGCCCAGUCUGAGCACAGAAGACAGCGUCUUGGAUGCCCAGCGGACCAUCCCUCCUGUGCUUCGACCUGGGGGCAGCAGCGUGGAGGACGGGCAGAGCAGUGAGGCCACCACUUCCCGGGAGGAAGCGCCCCAGGAGGAGCUCGCCGUGCAGGACAGCCUGGAGAGCGACCUUGUGGCCAGCGGAAGCAUGGACGAGUUCAUGUCCGUCACUGGCAGCAUGGACGUGGCCCUGUCUCAAAAGGACGGUGCCACAGUGGAGGGCUGGCAAAGUGGGGAGGCGGAAAAGCGCAGCCAGGUGGGCAGUGAGGACAGCCUGUCAGAGGAGCCGGAGAUGGAGAGUCUCUUCCCUGCUCUGGCUUCUCUGGCCGUGAGCACUUCUGCCAACAGCGAGGCGUCCCCCAUCUCUUCCAGUGGCGUCACCUACUCUCCCGAGCUCUUGGACCUGUACACCGUUAAUCUGCACCGCAUCGAGAAGGAUGUGCAGAGAUGUGAUCGCAACUACUGGUACUUCACACCUGCCAACCUGGAGAAGCUGCGCAAUAUCAUGUGCAGCUACAUCUGGCAGCACAUUGAGAUCGGCUAUGUGCAGGGCAUGUGCGACCUUCUGGCUCCCCUGCUGGUCAUUCUGGAUGAUGAGGCCCUGGCCUUCAGUUGCUUCACGGAGCUCAUGAAGAGGAUGAACCAGAACUUCCCCCAUGGGGGCGCCAUGGACACGCACUUUGCCAACAUGAGGUCCCUGAUCCAGAUCCUAGACUCGGAGCUCUUUGAGCUGAUGCAUCAGAAUGGGGACUACACCCACUUCUACUUCUGCUACCGCUGGUUCCUGCUGGACUUCAAGCGAGAACUCAUCUAUGAUGACGUCUUCUCCGUCUGGGAGACCAUCUGGGCGGCCAAACACGUGUCAUCGGCCCACUAUGUGCUGUUCAUCGCCCUGGCCCUGGUGGAAGUCUAUCGCGAUAUCAUUCUGGAGAACAACAUGGACUUCACGGACAUCAUCAAAUUCUUUAAUGAAAUGGCUGAGCGGCACAACACGAAGCAAAUCCUGAAGCUCGCCCGGGACCUGGUGUACAAAGUGCAGACGCUGAUCGAGAACAAGUGACCACGCUGUGCCCUGACCACGCCACCCAUCACCAGCCACUGUCCUCCUGCCCUCAUCCCUUGUGCCAGCCCAGCCUGGUGUGAAAUCCUGAUGUCUGCCCAGGAGUGUGGAAGAGAGAGGGAACCCUGACCUUGGCCUUGGGCAGGCGGGGUCAGGGGGUGGGCCCUUCAGUUCGGCCUUACAUUUUCCCGUUUGACCAAAGAUCGCCCAAGCCUGGGAUUCUCCCUCGCAGGCCGAGGUGGCAGGUGGGUGAGGAAGUGUCUUCCUCCCCACUGUUCUCUUCCUCCUUCUGGUCCUCAUCUUUUCUGAUGAGACUGGGGGAGGCUACUCUUCAGGAAGUUGGUGUCAGGUCUCUGGGACUCCCUUUUUCCCCUGAAAAGGGCCUUGGGAGUUCUAGAGCAUGCCUGCAAGACUGGCUUUGAGCAGGGCUGUCACCCUCAGCAGUGCCGACAUUCAAAGCCAGCGAAUGCUUGUGGUAGGGUUCUCCUGUGCCCUGGAGGAUGGCGAGCAGACCCUGGCUUCCACCUACCGGAUCCCAGUAGCACCUCCCCUGCCUCACCCCGGGUGUGACAACCUCACGUCUCCAGACAUUGCCAGCCCACUUCUCUUUAUGAAGCUCCCCUCCAUCGUGCAGCCUCCCCGAUUUAGAAAAGACUCCGAUUCCUUCACAAACCUCUGCUGGAUCCCAGGAUCCCAGUGUCUGUAUUUUCUCAGUUUUCUUCCUUUGUCUAACGCCAAGAGAUAAUUUCUUUUCUUUUCAAGAAAAGCAGC